UUAUUUUUUUCUAAAUGCUAGUUCACGUCAGUUUAUUUAUGGCGAACUUUAAGGUGUACUAAACAACGACCAGUUUGUUUAUUAUAAAGCAGAAUGGCUUAGCAGUGUACAGUUUUGUGGGGUAUGAGUGUUAAUUAAGCAAUGCAAGUUUAAUAGCCUCGUGAAAAUGCAUUUAUUUUACAACAGGCUACGUUACCCGUUUAAUCAAAACAGCAUAUUAUAAAGAUUUAUUUUCUUUAUAUCUACAUGUUUGCCGUUGCUGUCACGUAGUAUGAAUAACAUUAAUUAUUAAUAGCAUAAGGCUUGUGGUUUUCAUGUUAUGUACACCGCUUUGAUGAACCCAUAAUAUUGCCGUGAUAUUUUCUACAGGCAUUUGUAAGGUCCAUGCAGUUGUUACACCAACCUGAAGUGUUCAAAUAUAGAUUAUCUUUGGUUGGUCUGGAGAUUUUCUAAUAUUAAUGCUCAGUAUAUCGUUUGGUGAUUAGAGUGCCAUGAAAUAGGCUAUCUUGCGCUUCUAAAAUGUGUAGCCUAUACUGAAAAUCAUGAAAGUGGAUUUAGUAUAGUGUGUAGUGGAGUACUUUUACCAUGCCAACGAUUUUUAAAUGGUAAUGGUUUUAUUAACCAAACCUGGCAUGUGUACUGAAAGUGUGUAAGAGCACUUUGAUAGUUGCCACCGCGUGGAUUGAUUUUGAAGAUUAACAUCGUUAUAAUUUUUUACACAAAUAUCAUUUUCGUUUAACAUUAUGGUUUUGAAUUUAUCAUUGGAUGGUGUUAAAGCAGCUAAUGAUCCUGAAAUUGUUUGUUGCUUUUGAGUCCGGGGAUGUCAUUUUGGGUGACUCAGUAAGAUGUGCUGUGGCUUCACACCUCCAAGGUUGGGAACAGCCUCCCACUGUGCACUCUGGUGAUUACUGAAAGUUUUCUUGAGGGACAUUUUUUGGAUAGUCCACAUUUACACCUGAGCUGUUAUGCUAAACUAAGGAUUGCCGUUGUGCUACAAGCCAGAAGAAGAAGGCUGAGAAUACAGACGGACAUGCUGGAGUUUGAGCGGGAUUCCGAGGACCUGCCCAGGGGUUUGCUCUGCAAAACGCAGACGGUCAUCCGAUAGGUCUAACAUGCCACACAUAAGGUGACCUGGCAGCUGGCAUGCACUGCAUCUGAGGCUACACUGCAGCCAAGCAGCAGCAUCUCCUGAGGCGGCUGACAGACACUGUCAGUUCCAGAGGUAGUGCACCCAGAGCAUCGGGUAGCCAGCCUGACUUCCAAGCACCAGGAAUGUUUACCCUAACAGAAGUAGCCUCUCUUAACGAAGUCCAACCAACAUACCGAAUAUUGAAACCAUGGUGGGACGUCUUCAUGGAUUAUCUCGGUAUUGUCAUGCUGAUGUUGGCGAUAUUUUCUGGCACCAUGCAGUUAACCAAAGACCAAGUGGCUUGUCUUCCCAUUGUGGAAUCUGGGGAAGAAACAAGCAAGUCAAACACGUUCACAGUGCAAAGGCCAUCUGAGAGCGCUACCACUGGAAAUGCGGUGAAUGUCAACAGGGUCACGCUAGCUGCUGCACCACUAAGUUCUAAGGAUCAGCCAGACAGUAUUGUUCGUGAAUUCCAUCUCUCUCAAUCAGUCUCCGUCAAAGAAGACAAAAUACCAGGUCAGCCUUUGGCAACAGGGGUUAAAACAAACUUGGAUUUUCAACAGUAUGUCUUUGUCAACCAGAUGUGCUACCAUGUAGCCUUGCCUUGGUAUUCAAAGUACUUUCCGUACCUUGCUCUCAUCCAUACCAUUGUACUCAUGGUCAGCAGUAACUUUUGGUUCAAGUACCCAAAGACUAGUUCUAAAAUUGAACAUUUUGUAUCAAUCUUGGGGAAAUGUUUUGAGUCUCCUUGGACUACAAAAGCUUUGUCUGAGACAGCCUGCGAGGACUCGGAGGAGAAUAAGCAGAGACUUACUGGUGCACCCUCUUUACCGAAGCAUUUUUCAAUGAGCAGUGAAGAGGGAAGUCCUAACCAAUCUGCCCCUGUGUUGACAAAAGCAGGGGUGAAAUUCUCCACUGAGAAGCCUAUCAUUGAAGUUCCGAGCAUGACAAUCCUAGAUAAGAAAGACGGAGAGCAGGCUAAAGCUCUUUUUGAGAAGGUGAGAAAGUUCCGAGCCCAUGUUGAGGACAGUGAUAUGAUCUACAAGCUUUAUGUUGCACAAACCAUUAUCAAAACAGUGAAGUUCAUUUUGAUCCUGUGUUACACUUUAACUUUUGUUGCCUCCAUCAAUUUUGAUCACAGGUGUGAACCUAAUAUCAAACACCUAACUGGAUAUGCAAGCUUCCACUGUACGCAUAAUAUGGCAUACAUGUUAAAGAAGCUACUUGUUAGUUAUAUCUCUCUUAUAUGUGUCUAUGGCCUAGUAUGCAUAUACACUUUGUGUUGGCUCUUUUGGCGUCCUCUGAAGGAGUACUCCUUUGAGAAGGUCAGAGAGGAGAGCAGCUUCAGUGACAUUCCAGAUGUUAAGAAUGACUUUGCUUUUCUUUUGCACAUGGUUGACCAGUACGAUCAGCUGUACUCCAAGCGUUUUGGUGUAUUUCUAUCCGAGGUAAGUGAGAACAAGCUACGGGAGAUAAGUCUGAACCACGAGUGGACCUUUGAGAAGCUGCGUCAGCAUGUGACUCGUAACAGCCAAGACAAGUUAGAACUGCAUCUCUUUAUGCUUUCUGGAGUUCCUGAUGCAGUGUUUGAUCUCACUGACCUGGAAGUCCUAAAACUGGAGUUAAUUCCCGAAGCUAGGAUCACAGCUAAGGUUUCUCAAAUGACUAAUAUUCAGGAGUUGCAUUUUUAUCACUGUCCUGCCAAAGUUGAGCAGACUGCAUUCAGUUUUCUUCGUGACCACCUUCGGUGCCUUCAUGUCAAGUUUACAGACGUUGCAGAGAUUCCCACGUGGGUAUAUUUGUUGAAGAAUUUGAAGGAACUAUAUUUGGUGGGCAACCUGAACUCUGAAAAUAACAAAAUGAUUGGUCUAGAAUCACUCCGUGACUUGAGGAAUUUAAAGAUCUUGCAUCUGAAGAGCAAUCUCACAAAAAUUCCUUCGAACAUAACAGAUCUUUCCCCGCAUCUCACAAGACUGGUGGUGCAUAAUGACGGUACUAAACUUUUGGUACUUAACAGUUUGAAGAAGAUGAUGAACUUGGCUGAACUGGAGUUACAUAAUUGUGAACUGGAACGAAUCCCUCAUGCUAUCUUCAGUUUGACUAACCUGCAGGAGUUGGAUCUCAAAUCAAAUAAUAUCCGGACCAUUGAAGAAGUCAUUAGUUUCCAGCAUCUAAAAAGAUUAAUAUGUCUAAAACUGUGGCAUAACAAAAUCAUUACAAUUCCUUUGUCUAUAAGCUAUGUCAAAAACCUUGAAUCCCUCUACCUUUCACAUAACAAAUUAGAGUCUUUGCCUUCGUCUCUAUUCAGUCUACCCAAGUUGAGGUACUUGGAUGUGAGUCAUAACUCCAUUGUUGUGAUUCCACUUGAAGUGGGGUUCUUGCAAAACCUCCAGCAUUUUGCUAUCUCAAGUAACAAGAUUGAGGUUGUGCCCAAGCAACUCUUCAAAUGCACCAAGCUAAAGACUUUGUGUCUUGGACAGAAUUCUAUUUCUAGCCUACCCGAGAAAAUAGGCCAGUUGGUGCAUCUCACACAUUUGGAAUUAAAAGGAAAUUGUUUGGAUCGGCUUCCGGUCCAGCUGGGGCAAUGUCGCUUCCUCCGAAAAAAUGGUCUUAUUGUUGAAGACCAUCUUUUUGACACACUUCCUCUGGAAGUUAGAGAAGGCAUCAGUCAAGAAUCCAGUGUUAGUUUUGGAAAUGGUGUUUAGGUAGAGAUAAUCAGCAGAACAUUAUUAUUAUUAUUAAUAUUAUUAUUCAUAAAAAACAAAUUUAACAUCACUUGCAAUCAGUGGUGACAGUUGACUGAAGCGUCUGGUUUGCAGAUCGAUAGGGUGUGCUUUGACCUGUUUUAUGCAGAAGGAAAACAUUAACAGCAACCAACAUUUAAAAUUAUUUUGUACUAUAAAUGAUUUUUGUUUGGUUUUAUCAACACAUUGUUUAUUUAAUUUAUUCAGACAACUUUGGAAAAUAUUAGCCACUGUGUUCAUUAAAAAUAGCAUUAUGUUAUUUGACGAUGUAUACAGUAUUAGUGAGAUAUGGUUUAGUAACUUAAUCAUGAUUUUUUUUUUAAUUGUUUUGGAAAUUGCUUUUCUUAAAUUUUUCAGUUAUGGAAGUUUCACUGAAGCAAAUGAUUAGUUCUCUUUCUAAAGCAUACAAAGCAGAUCACCUCCUAGCAUUUGAGUUGCAAAGUCACAAGUUCUUGUCCUUAACCAUCUACCUGCUGUCCUGGAUCUUCGGUGCAUAUGAGUUAGUUCAGAGGAUUCUCUACCUCACUUUUAAAAAAAGAUUCCUCCAUACCUACAUAGAUACACGUGGUGGCCAUUUUAUUAGAUACGCCUACAUACUUGUAUUACGAGUUAUAACCCCUUUUUCUCUCCAGAACCACUUCUAGGUUUGAUGACUUGUUCAUUCAGAAGCCAUUCUGUACAUCUUUGCUGUUCUGAGCUGACAUAUCAGCUCCUGUAGCUCAACAAGCAAAGCAUUGUGCACAUAGCAAAAAGUCCCAGGGAGCACAUACAUCAGUUGUGACCCUGUGCUCGGCUAUAAGUUGUUUGGAUAAAAUGAAUGAACAUAUAUAUUCUCACACUUCUGACUUCAGCGUAUGAAAAUCUAUGGAGAGUGGCUGUUUCCAGGAUGUUGGAACCCUGAAGUCUGACAUCAACAAUCACACCAUGUUAAAAUUUCUUAGAUUAUGUAUCCAAGUCAUUAAAAUGCUUAUUCAUACAGUAGCUUAACCUCAGUUAGUUGCAGCUGCCUGAUUUGCUGUUUGUAGAGCAUGUUGUUUGCGAUAAUGAGCAGGUACCAACACACUGACACCUGGGUUGUUUGUGUGUAUAUAAGCAACUUUAUGUUUUUUGUUGGUCAGAUUUUUACUUGACCAGUCCAUUUCAUUUAAAAGGCUCUGAACUUAUUAUACUUAAUGAAGUACGGAUAAGGAAAUUAUGUAGACUAAUAGCACGUCUUUCAGAUGCAUUAUUUUUGCGCUAUUUAAAAAAAACAAAAAACAAAAACGUUAGAGUACCAGCAGAUGGCGCUCUUCCCUUUUAAAUCCAUUCCAGAUGCCAUGUAUCACCUAAAUAUGUCACCAACAGUCCACAUUGUCCACAUUUUUAUGUUCGCCAAGUAAAACACUUAAAAUGUUAUGUGUUUACUUAAUAUGGUGGUUUUUAACCUUAUAUCUGUCCACAAUAGCAGUGUGUUUAUGUAAUACAUAUCUUUUUUUAAUUACUAACCCUAAAUAAGAGUUGUAAAGCAUCAGACAGUAAAGUCACCUCGUCAUGUUAUUGUCAGCAUUACCUGUACUAAAUGUUCUGGACAGGAUGAUGGUUUGGGGCCCAUUAUUAUUAUUGUUAUUAGUUAUUAUUAGUUAUUAUUUUAUGUCAUUGCCUCAUUUUCCUUCCAUUAAGUUAUUGUUGUUGAUCUUUGUUGCAGUUAUUUAAUUUUAAUGACUACAUCUACUUAGCAUAUAUUUUCCCACAGUGAAGCAGGUCUCUUAGUUUACUUGCAUACACACACCAGACAGUGACACAAAAUGUUGCUGUUUUAUCUAAUAAAAUUGUAAGCUUGAUUUGAAUCUCUUUGCAUAUGCACACAAAACAUAUGCACUAUUACAUUUUUGUCCCCUAACAACCGCAUGUGAUCAACCCUUGGCGUAUUCUCUUAAUCACAGUAUGUAGCAGAUGUAUGCAAUAAUUCCUCCAUGCAUUUAUCCUGAUAUAAUAUUUACAUAGUCUGGAGACUACCAGUAGAUACGUUUUAGAUUUAUGACAUUUUUAAAGGAAAUUAUUGUAUCAGUCCUUUCUGCUCUUCCAUUCCAUAUGCUUGAGAAUGGAAAUUAUGUUAAAUAACAUUGAACAGAUAUCUAACAUCAGUUUAAUUAAACUACAAUAGUAGGUUCCUGUAAAUUUGACUUUUAAAUGUUAUUGGGUUUUAAGAAAAAUAAAUUCAGUGAAAUCAAA